AUGGCGCCGUCUCCUAAGCGGACUGAGGCAAUCCCAUCCCUCACUGGGCCAGCAGCUAGUCCCGUUGAGGCACAGGGGGAUGUCGUACACACACAGCCUGGAGAGAAGAUCGAGGAAAACAACAUCAACGAGAAAGCUGACGACCAAAACCAUGAUCAAUCUGAAGACAAAGCCACCGGAGCCGCCCCGGAUACAGCUACCACAGCCUCUCCCAUAUUUCUCGAGAUUCGAGCUUUGCAAGAGAGGCUUAGUCAGUUGCGACAGCAGGCGAUACGCGAGCAAAGUGUCAACGGCCAGCACUUCGCGGAUGAUGAAGGAACGGAGGCCCCGGGUGCCUCCGGAGAGAAACGAUUCCGAAAGCAGAUGAGGGCUCGUUCGGCGAAGAAUGGGAAAAAGACAUGGAAGAACACGCUGAAAAAACUGCAGGUUCUCGAACCAAAUAUGCCUACACCGGACCCUUUAUGCACUCCUUUUCAACUGAUUACGGCGUAG